UCGUCAACCGGCCCUAGGGGUUUAGAUAUUCUGAGAGGGUUUUGGCCUCUCUCUCUCUCUCUCUCUCUCCAAUUCUGCUCCCAACUCCCAAAGACCCACUAGACCAAUUUCUUCUUUCCUCCCCUUUCUCCUCGUUCUUCGAUUUCGAACUUCGAUCUCUGUUGUUGUCCCGAACCCUAGAAACGAAGGAAAACCGAACGAAUGGCCACCGCCGUGCCUCCAGCCGCCGCAAUGCCACCGGCGAAACCGACCGUGAUCCAGCCGGAGAUAGUUGAUUACCUGAACCUGCCUUGCCCUAUUCCCUACGAAGAAAUCCACCGCGAAGCCAUGAUGUCCUUAAAGCCUGAAAUAUUCGAGGGGCUGCGCUUUGAUUUUACCAAAGGACUCAAUCAGAAGUUUUCACUCAGUCACAGUGUGUUAAUGGGACCUACUGAAGUUCCUUCUCAAUCUGGUGAGGUCAUUAAGAUUCCCACCUCUCACUAUGAGUUCGGUGCUAACUUUAUAGACCCGAAGUUGAUGCUUUUUGGUAGAAUAAUGACAGAUGGGAGGCUGAAUGCCAGAGUGAAGUGUGAUUUGUCUGAAAAUCUUAUUCUGAAGGCCAAUGCUCAACUUUCAAACGAGCCGCAUAUGUCACACGGCAUGGCCAAUUUUGAUUACAAGGGUAAAGACUAUAGGACUCAGUUUCAACUAGGUAACGGUGCCUUAUUUGGAGCCAAUUAUAUACAGAGUGUCACCCCACAUUUGUCUUUGGGUGGUGAAGUAUUCUGGGCUGGUCAGUAUCGGAAGUCUGGAAUUGGUUAUGCAGCUCGAUACAACACAGAUAAGAUGGUAGCUACCGGGCAAGUUGCCAGCACUGGAGUGGUUGCUCUAAGCUAUGUUCAAAAGGUGUCUGAGAAGGUAUCUCUGGCAUCAGACUUCACGUACAACUACUUGUCAAAAGAAGCCAUAGCAAGCUUUGGUUAUGAUUAUAUAUUGCGACAGUGCCGUCUUAGGGGGAAGGUUGACUCCAAUGGCUGCACGUCCACUUUUCUGGAGGAGCGAUUGAGUAUGGGUCUCAACUUCAUUCUUUCUGCAGAGAUAGAUCACCGGAAGAAAGACUACAAAUUCGGGGUUGGAUUGGCUGUAGGAGAAUAGUAUAAAAGCCUCGGAUGCUGUCCUCGGUUUCAUUUGAGCUCACCCAUGCAAGAAACUCUGCAUUUAGUCGGGGGUAUUUUGUUUAUUGUUUUUUUUUCCCUUUCUGAUACAGAUCAAAGAACCAGUUUUGUACCUUUUUAUCCGGAGUUGCCAUUAUUUGCGCUGCUGUGGCAGUUGUAGCAUCCCUACUCGUCGAUUUUGCAGUUUGGAGUUUCUAUUCAUUUUUUCCUUUAGAGCUGUAGAAUUUGCCAUAAUGGAAGUGGAGUAUGUUAUAAUCUGUCGUGGUUGCAUUAACAGGAGGCUUAUUUUGACAUAAAUACCAUAUAUGACAUGCCAUUAGUGAUGGAAAAAAGAUGUUUAAUAA